AUCUCGCUUGCAGCGGACGACGCUAGUGAAAGUUAUUGCAAUCAUGUCAGCCGGAAAGUGUCAGAUUGGUAAAGAGGCUCCAGCAUUCAAGGGAGCGGCAGUCGUCAACGGAGAUUUCAAAGAUAUCAAAUUGUCAGAUUAUAGAGGCAAAUACCUUGUUUUCUUCUUCUAUCCAUUAGAUUUUACGUUUGUAUGUCCUACUGAACUGAUAGCAUUUAGUGAUGCAGUUGAGAAGUUCCGUGGUAUUGGAUGUGAACUCAUUGCUUGCUCAACCGAUUCACAAUUCUCUCAUCUUGCCUGGACCAAUGUGCCUCGCAAGAAGGGUGGUAUUGGAGACAUGAACAUGCCACUGCUAGCUGACCCAACUGGAACCAUCUCCAAAGAUUAUGGAGUGUAUAUUGAGGAUCAAGGAAUUGCUUUCCGUGGUCUAUUCAUUAUUGAUGGUAAAGGAAUCCUUCGUCAAAUAACAAUCAAUGAUUUGCCCGUUGGACGUUCUGUAGAUGAGACAUUCAGAUUGGUACAAGCUUUUCAAUUUACUGACAAACAUGGUGAAGUUUGCCCAGCUGGCUGGAAACCAGGUGAUGACACCAUCAAACCAGACGUUGCGAAGAGUAAGGAGUACUUCUCUAAACAGAAAUAGGAAUACCAUCACUUAUUGCAAAUUAUUAUUUAAAUGCAUUCCUGUAUUUCACUGCAUUUCAUUUCAAUAUUUUAAGUCAUUGUAUGCAGAUAUUUGUUCAUCUUCUGUAGUUUUGUUAGUCCUUAGUCACUUUGAAAAGCAAUGUAAAAGUUGUGAUUUGAGUAGCUUGAAGACUGAUUUUUUUUUAGCUGGUAGGCUGUUUGGAUUGGGUCUAUUUCAUACUCUGACAAAAUGUCCAUUUUUGUACUAACUUAACACACAAGAGGUGAAAAUGCAACACUUGCAAAUACCACAUAGAUGUGUGCCUUGUUAUUACUUGACAUAUCACAAAGCUUUUCCUUGUUUAGUACUGAAAUGGUAAUUUUGGUAGGCUCAGGUUUACAUACAGAUUGAAAAAAAUGAACAAAUUUAAAAAAAAACAGUUCACGCUUUUUCAAACUAAUCAGUUACGUGCAAUCAUAAAAGCAGGUUCUUUGCACAAGGCUUGGAAUCGCUUCAGAACACUAGUAUAAGUAUUUGAGUCUUAACAAAUCUCAUUUAUUUCUCACUUGAUUCACAAUACUAAAUUUUCAAUGUGAUAUUUGGAUACAAGUUAACUCAUGGUACUAAUGAAUUCUACUAAUCAGAAACUUAGUUUGGAAAUUAUUUUGAUCAAAUGACUUCUUCAAUUAGACAUUCUCUGAUUUUCUAAAACUAUUCAAGUCUGUUAGCUAAUGAAAAAACAUGUUGCAUGUGAAACUAUAUGACUAGAUUAAUUUGUAUGCAAGUUUUAAAACUGAUUGCAUGAAUUCCAUGAUAUUUUAUAACCAUUUUUUCCUUUUAAUUUUGUGUACAAAGAGGUAUAAUGAAUCAACUAGUAGUUCUGAAUAGCAAUUAUAUUUCUGAGAUGUCGAUUGAUAUUCAUCUGGUAUGUUCAUACAUGGGUCUUUUUGCUGAAUAAUUUAUUUGUAAGUCUUUCCCAGUGCUGCAUUACAGGUUUUAUUGCUUGACAUGUAAACUGGUAGUAAUUUGGAAAACUGUCACCGCUAUAAACUGCAUUUGUGAAUCUUUUCAGGUUAACAACUUUCAGUUCAUGGUUGAAGCCUGUUUAAUAUACUGAAACAAGUUUACUGCCAUAGUUUUCAAUCACUUGUUUUAUGUAAUUUUAUUUGCAAUAAUUCAUUGUUUAUCAAAAUAAAAUUAGUUCUGACAUGUGCUGUAUAAUG